UGCGCAUCAGGAGCUCAUGAGGGGGUCGUGGGCUCGAGUUCUUAGGCCCGUUUGAUUUAAAAAAAAGGAAAAAUGGGUUUUAAUCGUUGAACCGGGCCUUACGCUUGAACCCGUAAGAGGCGGGUUCAAGCCACGCGUCGGGCGGUGAGUGGCUUCUCCUUUCCGCGUCGAAGAGGAAGAAAGGAGGGGAUACGCGUGAACCAGUUCAUUUCUCUCAUCAGUGAAAAAAGCUAGGGUUUUUUCUCUCCGAGGCGAUAAUCGACGCCGUGGGUUCUCCGUCGUUAUUUCUCCAUCAAAUCGAUUCCGCUUUCUCUUCUCCACACUCUUAGGUCAGUAUUGUGUAGAUUGACGGUGUGGUAGCGUAGAUUUUAUGUGCGAUAGGGAUUUCCGAUGGGGUGAUUUUAAAUCGAUUUGGGGAUUUUAUUUUUUAGGGUUUUUAAUCGUUAUGGGAGUUCGAUUGAGGGUUCAGUUACUCAUAUUCUUUCUUAAUUAUGUGCUAAUAAUUUGAUUUCUGUCACAGAUGGAUCCGGCAGAGGAGAGAAGACAUUCAAAGAGGCAACAGGAUCACAUAAACAUGCUAGGGUUCGUCAGCGAUUCAGAGUACGGGAUUCCCAAAAGGUGUCCAUGUGGUGGGAGAAUCAUCGAUGAGGUACGCCGGAAGGACGAGUACGACUCUCUUCCGGGGAAGCGGUUCUUCACAUGCAAGAACUACGAGGCUGAUGGAUUCCACUAUCGUCAGCCUUGGGUGAUAGGUGUGCAGGAGGAGAUCGAAAGGUUGACUAAGCGGGUGGUGGAGGCUGAAGAAGUGAUGUUGGGGUCGUCGAAUCUCUGUAAACUGAUCGACAGACUGGAGGUUAGUGACAACACAUUUUCAAUACUUGUGUGGUAUGUUUUGCGUGACUAACACUUUUUGUUUGAUGUUUACAUGUCCAGGAUCAGGUUAAAAUGCUCUCUGAGCAGGUAGAUGACCUCACCGUCCAGGUUGCUACGUUGGAGAAGGUCUGCUUCGAAUGAAACCGAAGGUAAGACUGAACCCCACUUUAGAUGUAGUUCGAAAAUGGCUGUUACAAAUUGUUGAUUGGUAUAACCAGUUUAGCUAUUUAAUAAGUUAACUAAAAGUGAUGAAAGCUUAAAUGAUAACUACUACAAUAACUACAACUCCAACUAGAACUCUAACUACAACUUUUAAAAAUCUGUAAUUAAUUUUUUGUUGGUUGUUGGUUGCUGUGAACUCUCAAUAGAUUGUACUUAGGUGUAGUUAAUAUUUUCCAGUGAGUUGAUGUGUAUUCACUGCGGUUUGUGAAGUACUUGUGGUAGGUAGAGUUUGUUUAAUUCUUCUGUUUUAGUUAAUUAUCUCAAAUGAAAGCAAAAACUAGUUUAUAAAACAUAGCAAAUCCACAACUAAAAACACACAAACAUUGAAACAACAAACCAAACCCAAAAGAAAAUGGAUCCUUUCUCCUACAACUCUCCCGGGUUUGUGAACCUUUUAGCAUCGCAGAGCAGUCCCCCACAGGACGUGGACUCUGCUGAGGCAGUUGGUAACUCACCCGGGUUAGUUAAACCUGUAGAAAGAAGAAAGUGGGUUGUCAAAGAAGACCUUGUGCUCAUUAGCGCUUGGUUGAACACGAGCAAGGAUCCCAUAGUCGCUAAUGAGCAGAAGGCAGGGGCGUUUUGGAAGAGGAUAGAGGAGUAUUUUAACUCAAGCCCUCAGCUCAUUGGCGCCGUUCCUAGAGAAUGGAGUCAAUGUAAGCAGAGGUGGGGAAGGGUGAAUGAGCAGGUGUGCAAGUUCGUUGGUUGCCAUGAAGCCGCUUUGAAGGAGCAGACCAGCGGGCAAAAUGAGAAUGAUGUCAUGAAAGCUGCACAUGACAUCUUCUUCAAUGACUUUAAUGUCAAGUUCGCACUUGAACAUUGCUGGAGGGAGCUGAGAUUUGAUCAGAAAUGGAGGUCACACGCGUUGUCGAAAGUUGGUGGAAAGGAGAAGAGGAAGGAAGCAUGUCCGGAGGUGGUGGGUGACGAUGAAGAGGUGAGGCCUCCUGGUGUAAAGGCGAGCAAAGCAGCCAAGCGCAAGAAACACGGGAAUGAAGCAGCUUAUGAUCAAAUAGAAACCAUGCUAGCUGUGAAAAAUAACAUUUCUAAACAAAAGAUCCUUGAUCGUCUCAUUGGCAAAAAUGAGGAGACUCUUUCUGAUCAAGAAAAAUCCCUUAAGUAUAAACUAAUUGGUGAAAUGCUUUGAGUUGGUUAGUGCCUUGUAUUGGUGCUUUGUUUACGUUGCUUAGCUUAACUUGAAUCGAUGCUUAAAAUGAAAUAUUGAUUGGGUUUUAUUUUCUUUCGCAGGUCAGAGAGUGCAGGUCACGGGUUGGAGUGAAGGUGUUGGAGUUGAUCAGUCGGUAAAGUUUGAAGCCUAGUUUUUUUUUUAAUGUUGCGGGUAGUUGGACUGUAGUCCAUCUUUGGUCACGGGAAAGUGUAGUGUUUUGUUUCUUGCUACACUUUUUUCAUUCACGGAUUGACUUAGUAUGUUUUGUGUCAGUCACAACUUGAUUCACGGAUUAUGUAUUAUCGUUUCAAACUCUCUAUAUAUGUUUGCAUUGUAUCAUUAUAUGAAAUAGCACUUCUCUCACUUAUUACUCUCUAUCAAGUUGAUUCUCUUAUAGCACUUCUCUUUGUAUUGACUGAGAUAAGAAUGUUUAGUUGUAAAUGGUAAAAAGUCGAGAUCAUUCAACUGAUUCCCAUUUAGUACCAGUUCAGAAGGAAGCCGACACAUUCAAGUGAUUCCCAUCUCGCUGCAAGCCGACACAUUCAAGUGAUUCCCAUCUCACAACCGGAGACACACACAAAGAUCCCCAACAAGGUAUAAUAUACAACUUAGUAAAGAAAACAUUAAAGAUUAUGAAAAUAAAAGAUUAUGAAAAUAAAAGAUUAUAGAGUAAUAAUGAUAGAGUAAUGUAUAAAAUAGAUUAUAGAGUAAUAAUGCUAGAGUAAUGUAUUAAAAAAAAUCUAAUGUUAUGACAACUUUUAUACAAUAAAGUCUAAGAUUAUUCACAUAAAAGAUGAUAGAGUAAUGCUAAAAAAAAAGAAAAAAUAGAAUAUGAAAAAAAAUAAAAGAUUAUGUAAUAAAAAUAUAAUUAUGACAAUUAUUAAGACAACUUUUAUAUAAUUAUGAUGAAAGAGUAUUUUUAAAAUAUAGAUUUUGAAAAUAAUUUAUAUAAUUAUGACAACUUUUAUUAUUAAUAAGAAAACUUUUGUCAUGUUAGGAAAAUAAACACCAAUGUCUUCCUCAUCAAGUGAUGAAGUUGAUGAAGCUUUAGAAGAAAUGGUCGACCAAGUAGUUGAUAAUUUCUUCGACUCAGUGAUUCAUGCUCAUCCCAACAAGCCGACGAGAAGAGCUUAUAUCGAAAGACAUCGGGAACAAGGACACAAUCAACUAUGGAACGAUUAUUUCACGGAAAAUCCUACAUACCCACCGGAAAUGUUUAGGAGGCGUUUUCGAAUGAACAAGCCAUUGUUCCUUCGCAUUGUCGAACGUCUAACUAAUGAAGUUCCAUACUUUCAGCAAAGACGAAAUGCUUGCGGAAGGAACGGGCUUUCUGCACUUCAAAAGUGUACGGCAGCUAUACGUAUGCUGGCAUAUGGUCAAUCGGGAGAUACAUAUGACGAAUAUCUCCGACUUGGUGACAGUACAUCACGUUUAUGUUUAGAAAAUUUCACUAAUGCAAUAAUUGAUUUGUUUGGAGAUGAGUAUCUACGAAGCCCUACACCUGAGGAUCUUCAACGAUUACUCGAUGUCGGAGAGGUACGCGGGUUUCCAGGGAUGAUAGGCAGCAUCGACUGUAUGCAUUGGGAGUGGAAAAACUGCCCAACAGCUUGGAAAGGUCAGUACACACGUGGUUCAGGAAAGCCGACAAUUGUCUUAGAAGCCGUGGCAUCACAGGAUCUUUGGAUAUGGCACGCUUUUUUCGGAUUACCAGGUACCCUCAACGAUAUCAAUGUUCUUGAUCGGUCACCAGUUUUUGAUGACAUCUUACAAGGUCGAGCACCUAAAGUGAAGUUCAAGGUCAACAACCACACUUAUCGUAUGGCCUACUACCUUACGGACGGAAUUUAUCCAAAAUGGGCAACAUUUAUCCAAUCCAUCCCACUUCCUCAAGGUCCUAAAGCUGAGCUAUUUGCUGAACGUCAAGAAUCCACCAGAAAAGAUGUCGAACGGGCUUUUGGAGUAUUGCAAUCGAGGUUUGCAAUUGUUAAAAACCCAGCUCUACUAUGGGACAAGGAAAAGAUAGGAAAGAUUAUGAGAACUUGUGUCAUAUUGCACAAUAUGAUAGUAGAGAACGAACGACACGGAUACGCUCAAAUUGAUACAUCUGAGUUCGAGUCAGGAGAGUCAAGCAGAAGUUCGAGGGUGCAACGGAGAGAAAGUAUUCAUGGCGGUGAUAUGUUAGGCAUUCGCAGAGAAGUCCGAGAUAAAGAGAAGCAUGAUCGUUUGAAAGCGGAUUUAAUGGAAAAUAUAUGGCAAAAGUUUGGUAAUGAAGAUUAAUAAUGUUUUUAUGUUCUUCUAUUUCUCAAUUUAUGUAAUCUACUCUUAUGUAUUGAAUAAAAAGUUUUAAAAUAUUUAUAAUAUAUUUUAAUAUUUUAUUUAUGUAUUCUCAAUAAUUUGAAAUUUUCUUUUUUUUUAUUUAUAUUAUUAUUUUAUUCCUAUGAACUCCUUCUUCGGGUUCACUAAUGCAGAAAACAACAAAUACAGGUUCAUAACUAUUUAUGGCCCCACAAUAAAAUAUUAAAAAAAUUGGGUGAACCCCAAAGGGGGUUCACCAAUGCUCAUGCUCUCA